UUUCCCUGAGCCCCUCACACUCUUUCCCACUGUAUCGCGAGAGACUGACUGGGACAGGAGGCAGAGAAAUAAUCAUAUGCUUAUAACACAUCAAGAGAGCAAAAAUACACGUGUUAUAGCUGCUAUAUGAUUCAUUAUUAGCACGUUAACUAUUUAUUGAUGCCUAACGUUAGAUGCGGUGGCUAGUCAAAGUGGAAUGAGGACUAAUACUGAAGGCAACACCACUGGCUUCUUGUCUAAACAACUAGCUAGCUAUGUAGCCGCCGAGCUAGUUAGCUAGCUAGCUAAAUCUGCAACAUAGCCAUUUACGUAGGUUAGUUAGCUAGCUAGCUAAAGCUACUUCAAGAAAGCCUCGGUUAAAAUUUUCCGCUUCGCUAUAUUUAUUUAUUUUUUUUUGUCCGCCGAACAACAAGCUCGCAUAAGCACAGCGCCGGUCUCCAGUUACACCCUGACCCGAAAAUGGCCAAGGAUCCUUUCUUGUAGAGCCCUGAAGAAAAACAAGACCUUCUCAGCUCUGCUCCUCACUCAACACUAGCUCUCCAUAAUCCUUCUGAUGUAUUCUAAAGUUAAUCAGUAUGCAGAUUCUUACAUAUAUAUUUAAGUUAGCACACACGUCUUUAUGCAGAGUGUGCAACCAUUUCUAAAGAAGCCUGCUUGUUUUUUAAAUGGGGGGAGACUGUCAUCACUCCUUUUUUUGUCCAUUACUUUUCCAAGUCCUGUGUAAAGCUUUACCCCAUGAACAGAGCGUGCCUUCUCUUGACCCCAUCAGCUUGUGACAAUCGCUUGAUCCUCGAUCAGAAGGCUUUAGUGAUUAGUCUGCAAAUCACAUUAAAUCAGUCACUCCUAUAGUUAGUUAUGAACGGCUCCUUAUUACCCCCGCCUAGCCCACGGGCUGCAGCAAACUCAUCUCCUCUUCCUCCAUCCCCAUCUCCCUCACCUUCUCCUCCAUCUCCCUCAUUGCUCCCCCUUUCUGUGCGUCCCCCACCUUUGCCCCCUCCGGCUUCUGGCCAGCCACUGUCUUCUCUGUCUGACACACCGACUCCCUCACCUUCUCCCUGCCUUAGCUGGACCGAGUUCUGUGAGCUUCAUGCCCGGGUAGCUGCUGGUGAUUUUGCCCGUCACUUCAGGGCCUUUCUCAUGGAGAAUCCACAUUAUUCCCACGAUUCUGCUGCUGCUUUCUGCCGCCGCUUCACUGACCGAUUUGUUCGGCAUUUCGAGAGCGAACUCGAGGGAAGCGGUGCAGUGAGGGAGGGUACAGGGAUUUGGGUCACUCAGUCUGAUGGCACGUCACUGGAGGAAGAGCCGACAUCUCCACCACUUCUGCCACCUGACGCUGUUUCAACCUGCUUGCCUACACACGUCAGAGCUCCACCCAAGCCACUUUCAGCUCAGCAGGAAUUGGACACUAGAGGUGCAGACAGAUUUCAGAAUCCCAAUGUUUUCCAGGACUCGUAUGCUCAUGCGCAAAUUUUGCCACCUUCCUCUUCUUCGUCUUGUUCAUCUUCAAUGGGUGGGAACAACGGUCGAAGGGAAGAUAGGGCAUUGACGGUUAAAAAGUAUCCUGGCCACUUGCCUGGUAAUGGAGACCUGGAAGAAGAGGAGGACAGUUGGGUGGGGCCAGUGACAGGAGAGGAGGCAGAGUCAGAUGAGCUAGUGGGGAAAGACUGCGAGGCAGAGGGCAAUACUUUCACAGACAGACCUGACAGCAGCCUAACACCACUAAGCCCUGCUUCCGGUGGACCGCUAAACUCUGGGUCAAAGGGCAACAUCCCAGGUGCAGGUGGUCACUCGAAAAACAAGCUAAAGAAACGCUUCUCCCUACGCAAUGUGGGCCGCAGUGUGCGGGGCAGUGUGAGAGGUAUCCUGCACUGGCGGAGCUCCUCUAGUGAUUCGCCUCAAAGUUGUGGCUCGGCUAAUGCCACGCCAUUGCCCUCAAGUUACAGCUACACUAUGGGCCUGCAGGAUGCCAAGAGGAAUGCUCAAGGUGCUCCAACCUCGCUUCCUGUCUCACUUUCCCUGCCCCUUUCACUCCCUCACUCAUCGUCCUCAUCCCUGCCGCCGUCAUCCUCCAGCAGCGCCACCUCUCUCUCCCUCUCUGAAGCUCGUGAUCGGAGGAGGAGUAAUGGAGAAGGCGAGAAAGAGAAGUGGACCCACAGGCUGGAGAAGCUGCGUUUGUCCCGCUCUCCACCACCAACCCUGCAAGCACCCGUGGGACCCACGUCAGCCUUGUUACCCUCUGUCCUACCUUCUAGGAAGACAGGUAGACUUGUACGAGAGGGAGGAGUGAACGUCUGCUCCUCGGCAGAUGAAUUUACUGGCUCCCAUGGCUUUCCAGGCUUCUCUUUCGGGUUGCUCCAUCAUGGCAUGGACAAUAACAAUGCGGUCUCUGGCUCCAGUGCAGAGCAAACAGGUGGAAUGCCUCCUCCAGUCACAGUGGGGGCAAUAGCUGGACGGGGCACUCGCUGGCACAAGUGUCGACUGGUUCUUAAGGAGCGAGACAAGGAAGGAGGCGAGAGAGGAGAGGAGUACUUCUUAGAGUUUUACAUCCCUCCCAAGGCCUCAAAGCCCAGACUGACUAUCCCAUGCUGCUGCAUCUUAGACGUCAGGAGCACCACAGCUCUUGAAGUGCCAGACAAAGAAAACACUUUUCUUCUGCAGUUGGAAGGACAGGUCCAAUACGUCAUUGAGACCAGAGAUGCUGUACAGAUGAGAGCUUGGCUGAGUGACAUUAGAAACAGCAUCUGUCUCAGUGAGCAAGAGGAUAUCGAGGGAGUGUGUGGUGGAGCACAGACAGACCUCAGCAGCACACCAGAAUUCAGUGACCGUCUGUCUCAAGUUUGUUAUGGUGGGGUGGGUGGUUCUCCACUGCUUGAGCAACUUCCUCCCGAGUUGCCACCCCGCGCCCCACUAGAUGAACCCGAUGGUCGGCUGCUUGGCGGAGGCGGAGCUAGUCUUGGCAUGCCAUUCCCAGAGACGCCUGAUGCCACAGGGUCCUUCCUGUUCUCGGAGGGCUCAGCAGCAGAGCCAGUUGAACACCCAUUAAGUGAGUGUCAGUGGUUCCACGGUACCUUGUCACGGCUCAAGGCGGCCCAGCUAGUGCUGGCAGGCGGCAUGGCAAGUCAUGGCGUCUUCCUUGUGCGCCAGAGUGAGACACGGCGUGGGGAGUAUGUACUCACCUUCAACUUCCAGGGCAAAGCGAAGCACCUGCGCCUUUCUCUGAACGAGGAUGGCCAGUGUCGUGUGCAGCAUCUCUGGUUCCAGUCUAUUUUUGAUAUGCUGGAGCACUUCCGGGUGCACCCCAUUCCCCUGGAGUCUGGGGGUGCUUCGGACGUCACCCUCAUCAGCUUUGUCGGUGCCACGGCUGCCCGGCAACCAGACUUGACCAGCAGACCCCGUAGCCCCCCUCAGCCCCCGCCUCCCCCCCUCCCACCAGGGCGCCCUCCACCACCCACACCACCGCAGGAGCGUGUAACCGAUGUGGAGGCCGUAGGAGGAGCAGUGGCCAGCGGGCCUGAGGAAUGUGAAGAGCGCGAAAGGGACACACCUCUAAGACAGCUAGAAGGAACAGAGGCCGAAGAGAGAGAGGGAGGCCGGGCCAGAGCCAUCGACAACCAGUACUCCUUCUUCUGAGGAGCAGAGGAGGAGAGCCAGUCACAAUCAGUAUUUUUCACUUCAUAGGAAGAACUCAAGGGGUUGGGGGAAGCGUUACUAACACUAUUAAAAAAAAAAAAAAAAAAAAGCUUUCAAAGAAUGAGAGAGAUAUGGAGGGAGAUACACACACACACACACACCCCCACACACAUGCACACACACUGUUCAGUAAAUAUACAACAUAAAACACUAAGUAACAGUACACUAAGUGAAGAUUGGCUGAGGAAACAUUUGUUAAUGUUACACUACAUUUAUUUUUCAUUGUAUUUCAGUAUUAAAUGUCUCUUGUUCUGUUGCAUAGGACGGUACGGUCCUUCAGCUUUGUGCAAUCACACUGGAUGGUACUCGACCACCACGUGGUGCUAUCAUUUAUACACAGAUGUUUCAGAUUAUGUACACAGCAGCACUCUGUCAUAUUUUCCCGGUACAUUUGCUUUGUUUUCCUUUCGUGUUUGUUGUUUUAUCGUUGGAUCAGCCGUCACCGAAGAACCAUGAUUAUUGCAGUUUAUUUCAGUGCUAGACUUCACACAAGACUGCUGCUUGCCAAAAUAACCCAAACUCAUCUGCGAGUCAGACAAGAUAUAAAACAUCUCCACGGACAUCGUUACCUCAGUGCCCUCGGGCUGUAUGGGUAUGACUGCUGAUCUGAGACCUUGGAAUCCUUAAUAAUUAAAUGAAUUUAAAUUGGCUGCUCCCAGAUCAGCAGUCUUGCAGUGAGAUGCUUGAGCCCUGAUGUCUCAUCCACUGCUUUGCUGAAAUGUGCACAGGGCUGGAAGCAACCAAAUCAGUUUGACAUCUGCAACAUGCUGAUGUUCUUACCAGAAACUCACUUUGAUAGCUGUUUUUGAGUCAUUUAAUAUGAUCUUGGUUUGAUAGAUUUGCGUAAAAGACUGAAGACAAAUUCAUUCAAACACUAUCCGAGUCGACUGGGAUUUGUGUGCAUGUCAAUUUCCAUUGUGUAAAUGAUGUAUUUUAUACAAUGAAAUGAUUGGCUGCUGGCUAAAAGUCAAAGCACACAUGUGAAAGGUGAUUUGGUUCACAAAUCCUGAACCUGCCUCUUAUGUCAGGAGACAGUCUCUCUCUUUCUCUCUAUAUAUUUCUCAUUCUUUGUCUAUAUCCAGUAGCUGCAUUUGAUUCAUCUUUGCUAUAUGUCUUUUAAGAUCUCCCCUCAGUCUAUCAUCUCUCUGCUCAGUCUCAGCAUUCUUAUAUAUACACACACACACACACACACACACACCUCUGCACACUGUUUUAGUUUUGUUUAUUUCAAGAGUCCAGAGGAGGGAGAAUGUUGCUCAUUUACACAAGAAUUAGUUUCUUAUUGAAUAUGAUGAUGAGGAAGACCGUGAUAAUCGAUAGUAAUAAUUGUCUAAAUAAUAGUAUUAAUUUUAUUUUUUAUGUUGUUUUAAAAAUGCCUCUGUUGUAUGUCGUAUAUUCUGUGUAUGCAUAAUAUUGUUCUCCAGACUGAGUUUCACAUUUUUGUGCCUUUUUUUGUAUAGCUUGUGAUCUCCCUCAGCCUGUCCCACACUAGUUUCUCCUUUGCCUUGUUACAGUUUCCUCAUAUUUCAAGAAAGUUUAUUUUCUUUUAAAGGAAAACAAAAAAAAAAAAGACCAGGACAAAUGGCACUUAACUCCCUGUGCCUUCCCAUGUUGUUUUGUCAUCAUUCAUUCUGUGCCAGUCAUCUUUGGCUUUAUCUCCAAGCGCAUUUUACUCCUUUUAACCACAUCACGUCUCUAUGUAGUGACCUUCUUUUUUUUUUAAACUGUAUAUUGCUCUUACACUGAUUGUUUUAUUCUCUUUUCCCUUUCCUUGACUUUUGAACUUCUAUUUGUGCCUUUUCUCUCUCUCUCUCUCUCUCUCUCUCUCUCUCUGUGCUGGGACCGUGUGUUGAGGUGGACUGUGUUGUCCACUCUGUGUAAUUAGUUUCAGGUACUACAUUGAAUUUAAUAAUAAUAAUAAUAAUAAUAAUAAUAAAUAAUAAAUAAUAAUAAUACAUGACAAUGGUGAUAUAAAUAUACUGAAACAUUUUGGAGUUGUGUGUCUGUGUGUAACUGCAGUGAAAAUCCAUAUGAAAAGGGCCAGUGCAGCUUAAGCAAGCAUAUUGUUGUAUGUUUGUAAUGUCACUAGUCUGAUAAACUACUGGGCUUUUUACAUAAAAAGCCUUUAGAAUAUCAUAAGAACUAUUUGACAGAUUGGUUAUUCGUUUACAAGGAGAGUAUUUGACACUGGCAUUUUGAAUCAUAGGAUAUCACAAUUAUGCAUUAUAGAUUUCAACUGGUUCCCUGCUUCAGUUACCUGAUUUAAGUCAUCAGUUAUUUCAUCAGCUUUGGUGUGAUGAAUCAUGGCUUUCCUAUAAACCUGACAUAAGCCUAUUUACGUUGUAACUCGUCUGAACAUUUCUUGCCUAAAGAAGUGGUCUGUUGCUUUUCUUUCCACGUGUUAAAUGAAAGGUAUUGUUAUUUUCUCUCUGGUGUAGGCGGAACAGUUUUCGUCUAGUGUCAGUGGUUCUCGAAGUGGAGUCUGUGUUGCUUUUAUUUUUUUAAUUACACCCCAAAUAUCUUAGAUUUAUAUCGAGUUCUUAUGGUUCUUAGCCAGUUUGACUGAUCCUUUAAUUUGAAUGGCUGUAAGCCUCAAAACCCUAUAACUAUAAACCAGUAAUAAAGCUAGAAAUUGGACUGAA